UAGCAUAAAUACUACGAAUCUUCUUCUUUAUUUAACACGCAUGCGCAUAGCAGAAGUACACGUUGGUCAGAAAAUUAUCAUCACAACAAACAGUAAAUUCGGCUUCAUUCCAAUAUAUUUGCAAAAUGGGAGUUUUAAUGAGUUAUUUCUCAGCUCUGUUUGGCAGUAAAGAGAGAAGAAUUUUGAUUCUUGGUCUUGAUGGAGCUGGCAAAACAACAAUUCUGUACAGAUUACAAGUGGGAGAAGUUGUCACCACCAUUCCAACAAUUGGAUUCAAUGUUGAAACAGUGCAAUACAAGAACCUGAAAUUUCAAGUAUGGGAUUUAGGUGGUCAGACAAGUAUUAGACCGUAUUGGAGAUGUUACUAUUCAAACACAGAUGCUUUCUUUUGUGACAGCAUGGGGAAAAUAGGGAAAGCAAAAAAAGAACUUUUUGCAAAAUUGUACAAUAUUUUCCAGGAGGAAGAAUUACAGAAAGCUACCAUAAUGGUGUUUGCAAAUAAGCAGGAUAUUGAAGGUGCUAUGACUGUGGCUGAAGUGGCCAAUGCACUUAGUCUAACAACUAUUACUAAACAAAAUUAUCAAAUUUUUAAGACAUCUGCAAUCAAAGGAACUGGCCUGGAGGAAGCUAUGGAAUGGUUGUCAUCUAAAUUGACACAAUCUAAAUGAAAACUGUGAUAUUUAGACAUGUAUGGGCAUAAAGUAGUUAGAAUAAUGAGGGACAAAUUGAAGAGAUAGGUCCAAAGUUACAAAAUAAAAGACCGAAGCCUAUCUCUAUAUACAACUUUACUAUUGGUCAAUGUUUGUCCUGUGUUCAGAAUCCACCAAUCAGAUGGAAGUGUUAAAGACUGGACUGGAACCUAUUAUUGGCUGCAUACUGUAUCAAAUGGACCCAGUCUUGUUACAUCAGUCAUGAUUAUGUAAACAUUUGUAAAGGCAAGAUUACAGAAUGCAUUAUGUUGCCCAUUGCUUCAUUGUAAAUGCAAAACAUACAAACAUGUGUCAUUUUUUUUUUUCUCAAAAUAAUAAAAACAUUAUUUUUAUUGCAAAACAAAAGGUAUUUUUUACACAUUUGGUUAACUUGAAACAAUUAAACUUAGCUAUAAAAAAAUUCUGAUUAUAAGAUAUUUGAAUUGUAUUAGAUUUAUGUAUCGCUUAACAUUUGUGUUUGGGAAUAGUUGUCUUUAUUGGUCAUAAUUAAUUUAGAUGAAAAUAUUUGUAAUAAAAUUUCUGAUCAUGUACAGAUUACUUAAAGGAAAGCUCAAUAAAAACAACUUGAUGUAUGGAAUUUUAUUUACCAUCUUUUGAAUGUAAUUACUGAAAAUUGUUUGUUUAUUUGUUAAAGAUUGAUUGUUCUUUUUCAUCAUUUUCAUUUUGUUUCUCUUAAUUGAUCAUACUUUUAUAGUGAAGUAAGUUUAUAUUUUCUGAUACUUGUUUGUAUUUUGUAUGAAAGAAUUGUUGAAAUUUUAUUAUCAAAUGUUACUGGGUACACAUUUCUGGUAAACAUUUAAAUUAGGAUAUUUAGACAUACCUGCUUAGCUUAUUGGAAAUUCUUUGAUCACUGAUAAUUAGC